AGACAACGUAAAUAAAUAUGGCGUCGGGUGAGCUCAGGAGGUGAAGAGCUCCCCUUUGGAAUCCAUUCAUCCUUGCUUUAUGAAGCUCCAUAUAGCUAUAAUUUUCUCAUGUGGAGAUAGCUAAAUGGUUGCUUAGAUCAUCCAGAGUAUUUUGGCGUGAUUUGAGGCAGGUGAGCCGGAAUGGAGCUCCGAGUUGGUAACAAGUACCGACUAGGACGUAAGAUUGGAAGUGGAUCUUUUGGGGAUAUUUAUUUAGGGACUAAUAUUGGAACUGCCGAAGAGGUUGCCAUCAAGUUAGAAUGUGUCAAGUCCAAGCAUCCCCAGCUCCAUAUAGAGAGCAAGUUCUACCGCAUGAUGCAGGGAGGUGUUGGUAUCCCGUCCAUCAAAUGGUGCGGGGCAGAGGGAGACUACAAUGUGAUGGUGAUGGAGCUCCUAGGCCCAAGCCUGGAAGACCUCUUCAAUUUUUGCUCGCGGCAGUUUGGCUUAAAGACAGUGCUAUUAUUGGCCGAUCAGUUGAUCAGCCGUGUUGAAUAUGUACAUAACAAAAACUUUAUCCAUCGGGACAUCAAGCCCGACAACUUUCUGAUGGGGCUUGGCAAGAAGGGCAACCUGGUCUACAUCAUCGACUUUGGCCUGGCCAAGAAGUACCGAGACGUCCACACACACCAGCACAUACCCUACAGGGAGAACAAGAACUUGACCGGCACGGCCAGAUACGCCAGUAUUAACACACAUUUAGGCAUUGAACAAAGCCGGCGAGAUGACCUAGAAUCUCUGGGCUACAUGCUGAUGUACUUUAACUUGGGCAGUCUACCCUGGCAGGGCCUAAAGGCUGCCACCAAGAGGCAGAAGUAUGAAAAGAUCAGUGAAAAGAAGAUGUCCACAGCCAUUGAGACACUGUGUGCUGGUUUCCCAUCGGAGUUUGCCACAUACCUGAACUACACAAGGUCGCUACGAUUUGAUGAGAAACCUGACUACUCCUUUCUCCGACAGCUUUUCCGCAAUCUCUUCCACCGGCAAGGUUUCACCUAUGACUACAUCUUUGACUGGAAUCUUCUGAAAAUUGGGAAUUCAAAGCCCCACGACGAAGAGCGGGAGAGGCGAGAGGACAGAGAGAGGCAGGGCCACCUGCAGCAUCCCCGCAGCUCCACUACACGGGCGGUGGCCACCACGGCAGCUACCAGCCGCAUCAAAGCAUCAGAGGGACCUCCACAAGGACCUGCAGCAGGUGCAAACCCCACAUCACCCCGUCCAAUCUCCAGAGCUGACAACCAACGCUCUGUCAGCCGCCGCCUCCACCGCGGUGUGGCCCCACCUGUCAUGUCUGGCCCCGAGCUGACACGGCGGGACAUAGCCGGGGGGCGUCUCACAACUCCGUAUUCCGCCAUCAACGGUGGUAUCAGCAGCGGCCUGGGUGCCAAGCCCAACGAGUUGACGCGGGAGGAUGGGGUCCCACGAACGGCGUCGUCCCGCUACCUGCGUAAAUGACUGCGCCUGUCCAGCGGUGCUCCGUACUAAGAGAGAUUUAAAAACCAACUGUUUGAAGAGUGAUGCAAUAUGGCAUUAACAAGCAAAGCAAUGUCUGGAAGAAGGAACAAGGUGGUGGAUUUUGUUUCAAAAACAAGAGGGAGGUAUCCUGAGGUUGUUACGGACAAUGCCUCUAUCUUCUGUUGAGACCACAGACCAGCCUAACUGGUAGACUUUUUUGUCAGUAACUGCCAUGGAGCAAUGAGAAAUGGACUGAACUGAUUAAGUGAGCCCGUGGCAAUUUGACGUUGGACCUGUUUGGUGCGGAGACCAAAUUGGACUACCAGUGAAUCACACAUUCGUCUCAAGAGCUGGAGAGAAAAUGCAAAUGAUCAGUUGACUGUAACUUGAUUUGACUGGAAACAGAUCAAGGAAUUAAUCAGUGCAAGUCAGGGUAGAGCUCACAAAGAAAAUAACCUAACAGAAGCAAAGCGUGCACCACCUUUCUGUGCGGAGUGCUGAUAUAUAUAAAAACGUACAUACAGGACUAAGCGAAAAGAUACAUGUAUAUCGGGCCUGGCAUUUGAUUGUAAAUUAAAAUCUGUUUUCUGUACCUCAGUGGGCAAUGAUCGACUUGAGGAAAUAAACUGAGUGUUAAUUAAUGGUAACGUUCGAUCAGGCUAAUGUAUUGGAAAAGGCAUUUUUUAUAGUGAAAUUGGCCAGAGUUGUUCAUUUGACACAGUUGGUGUUAUCUUUGCUAGAAGAUGAGAUGUGUAUGUAUGGGAUGUUCAAAUCCUUUAAGUCUGCUGGCUUCUUCACUCUGUGGUCAUUGACUACUUCAAGAAAGAUGCUUCCCCAAAAUUUGAUUAACUCUAGUGAUUGAAAGGACUAUAGCAAAACUCUUGUCCCCUGAACCAUAUCCCUGCCACAGAAUGUGCUGCACUGACUCUCAGCUUAUAACACUAAUGGCCAGAGUUACUGCACUUUGGAGUCGAUUUCAUUCCGGCAUUGUUUUGCACACUUGCAUUUUAUCGCUGCUGCCAAUCAAAGAACAGGAAUUCACUUGUACAUAUGAACUGUCAAGAUGUUGACCAUUCACACGAUUCCUGUUGGCCAUUCAAAGAAGUAGGCCAGUCGGUGUACGUGCACAUCAUCAGGAAUCCAUUUCAGAAUGACACCUUAUGUGUUGUUAAAUCAUGCGGAAAUGCAGCGCACAUUAUCAUGGACAUGGUUUUUCUCCUGUAGUUUGGAGUAAGGAGUUUCAUCCUGACGUCUAGUCAGGUCGGGCAGACACUAGUCUUGAGAGGGAAGCACUUUGGUAAGAGAACUGUUGAAACAACAGCAGUCUGCAUCAAACCGAUUAUGUUUUCAUUUUGUCUCAUUUUGUCAUCUUAGUCAUGGAAACAUGUUUUUACUGGUUUGGGGAGUAAAAAGUAAAAUGCCGUUCACGUUUUACCUCUUGUAAAGAAGUGUCUACCCCAAGAGUUGAUUUUUCUGAAAGUCCCUGUUAACCACAGCACCACUGAGGGACAAGCAUCUCCAAGACAUACAGAUGAACUAAGCUGAGGAAAUUGGCUUUCAUAAAACUGGGAUAUUGUUACUGUACAGAUACAGGGUGAUUCUAUGUACUUGUAGGUAUCAAGGCCACAAUACACCCUUCUCUCCCUGUUACGCCAUUGAAGACCAAUCACCAAUGCAUUUUUAACUCUUACUGAAGUGUGCAGCCUUCCGUGUAUAAAACUUAACUGUUACGAAUUGGCUGGCACCUAGAAUCUGGUUGUGCAAUGUUGCUGAUGGAUUCUUAAUGGUACAGUACAAGUCACUGCUACUUCACAUCAGCCUUGAUGUCCCUGUUUUGGCCACGUACACAUAUGCUACUGCUUGACUGCCUAGUGCUUGAUGUGGAAGCAUUUUGGGAAGUUCUCCUUGCCAAAAAUACCUAAGGAGUUAGGGCUUGAGAGAAAACAGUUUGCACAACGCCUAGAUCCUGCCCAGAUCCUGCCCAGAUGUGUCAAGAACAGUUUUGUGUCGGAUUUUGAGGGCUCACAAAGGAGAAGCACUCUUUGGCCAGCAGCAUUCUUAACACUUUAAGAAAUGAUGAAAUGGCCUGACUGCAGGCACAUUUAGAUGAAAUUUGACUGACUUUUGAUGAUGAUGAAUAACUGUUAUUUUGUUUUUUUGUAUAUGUGUCAGAAAUGUGACCUACAUGAGCAUGGUUGUUAAUACUGUAUCAAAGACCGUUUAUGAAUGUGAAACAUAUAGCGACUCUCGUAGACAUUGUACCUAAAGUUUUUGUAUGCAUUGAAGUAAUUCAUAGAUUUUUUUGUGCAGAUGAGGGAAUAUAUCUGAGAACUAGACAUGAAUUUGCCAGACGGACUGACGAUCAAUGGAUGAAAUUCCUGGAAGCGAGUCUUACCAGAUGUUUUUGUCUUUUUUUUUUCAUUAAACAAAUUGAUAUCCAUGUAGCUCUUCCAUGUCACGAAGUCAAAAUGUGAAUUAAAACAAUGACUUCAAACUUCUUCGGUUUUUUUCUCUCAGCAACGGGUAAUGAGAGAGGCAAAGAAAAAUAAGUAACAACUUUAGUGAUAGUGUACGUCACAAGUUACAGCCAUAACACUUUACAUUUUUACAAGCACAGAGUCUCCAAGUUUCUUUUGUCGAGAAAGCUGUGUACUGUGUUUUAAAAGGAAAGAGAGUCCUGUUUGGUAUAAGUUCCAUACUCUCAGAGUCACUGAUAGCACUGUCUGCUGCUAACAUUUUUUUUAACCUGGUUUAGUGGUUUUCAUAGUGCACAGUUUGUGACGAGCAAAUUCAGCAUUUUUCACCAAGGAAUAUUGUACUUUAAUUUCUUGAGGCAUCGAUAAGCAAAGGCCAGCUGAAGUACAGAUUGUCAUUGCUAGCUAAACGUGUCACUGUGCAUCCAACUAGAGUACAGAACCGUACAGCUUUGGAAAUUUAAACUCAUGCGUGUCUUAAGAAGUAACAAUGGGUUUUUGUUUGUUUUUGUGCUUUUUUAUUAUAAUUUUACCACUUACAUACACAGACAGCAGGGCUCAAUUUCAUGGCAUUACUAAGCAGAUGGCUUUCGGCUAACCAAAUCUUGAGGAAGUUCGUGUUGUGUAAAGAUUGUGAAUUGUAAUAGUUGUGAGGAGUAUUCUGACAUAAGGGGAAGAACUUAUUUCAAAUAUGUUGCCUCGAUGUAGAAAAAAGGACAUGGUUUCAAUAAAAUUUGUGUGCCCUGUGUUUAGCCUUGCUAUGAAAUAGGCCUGGUGUGUCUGACUUAUUCCUGUAAGUUUGGUGUAUUUUGCAAAUAAAUUUUGAACCACCUGGCGUUCCAGUGGAGCGUAAUGCUGGAAUGUGCUGUUUUUAAUGAAAAGAGAGAAGAAAUGAAAUUUAAGUUCUGUAGAAUUUUUAAGGUAACUAGGCAGCUGGUAGUCACUUCCUAUUUAUAUACGGUGUCCAGUCCAAUAUGUUGCCAGUUGCUUGGUCACUUUGUUUCAAAAAUGGUUUUGUUAUGUAUUAAUGUUCAUGUAAAUAAUUGGAAUUUUUGUGUAGGUGUCAAUGCAUAUGCCACAAUUUUUCCCCUUUGUACAAGUCAAGUCCCAAAUUGUGUGUGUUUAAUUUAGAGGUAUUCCAUCAGGAGAUUAAGAAUCAUUUUUUGCACAGAAAUUCACCUUUUCCGAUUUAUUAUAUCUGCAGAAGUUUGGAACUCAUUUUUGUAAAGGUCUUUUAUGAUUGGAUGAAGUGGCUACACAAUUUUCACUUCUGGAAUCCUAUGGGAUGAAAUCAUUAUUUAAAUUCCAUUAUCAGGCGCCUAUUCAUUGGAACUGAUCAGUUCACUUCAGUGCUGGAUUCUUAUUGGCCCAUCGAUGUCACUCACAGUUGGCAUUCAUUCCUAAAAUGACGUAACUUCCGUUUCAUAGUGAAGGUAUGCUUUUUAUUGCCUACCUUUUCAGUGUUUCUCCACUUUUGGUGAGCAAUAACGGAAGAAAACCUGGAGGCUGGACAGGCCAAGUGACUGUGGAAAUGACCAAAAGAAGGCUUCUUCUCUGAUAUUGGCUCCAGACCCAGGGCCCCAGACCCUGAGUGCUUGAAAUACAGUUUAGGAUCAUCCAGUGUGUAUUUUUGCAUUUUGUUCAUAAUAGUACCUGCAGCGAAUGUUAACAUUGGAGGGUCCGGAGAGAUGUAACCAGGGUAGGUGACAAAGCCAACGACUUGGAAAUGCCCUGCAGUGGACUUAAGCACUGAAAGCAACUUACUGCCAACAUGUCUACAUUGGUUACAUUUGUCGGAACCAUGGAAUUAUUUUACUCAGUCAUUUGUCAUCCCUCGAGAGUAUUAGGAAGAUAAAGAUAUAAAGUGUUAAAUAUGUGUUGAUUAGUAGACUCCUUAAUUAUCUAUCAAACAAUGAAAUAAAAUUGUACAGAUAAGCUGACAAAAAUGUGAA